AUGUCAGACUUUCAAGCCUUCCAGGCCGAUUUGUUUCUUCUGCCGUAUUGGGACCAGCAGCGAAGGCUAGCGAACAAGAAAGUGCGAGAUCUUUCGUCCCAUAGCCAAGAGCUUUUGGAUCGUAUCCGCCUGCCCGCUGAGCGUGUGCGAAAUGAUGACCCAUGCUGGGUCCGCACCUGCUAUGACCCUUCCUCAGAAGACUCAUGGGCUCAGAUCCAAGAAUAUAUUGAUACCAAAGUCGGUGGCCCAGUCACAGUCUACAACGACCCCGCCUUGUAUAACUUUGGUUCCAACUGGGAGAAGAUUUUUCUUCGUGCCCCACAGCUACUCGAUAAUCGUUGUUCGUUCGAGGAAUACGAAGAGAGGGUUCAGGAGGCCCUGGAAGAGGCAAUCGAGUACGAUACCACUGAUUCCCAGCGUGCUGAGGAAGAGGGAUAUGACCCAGAGGAAGAUGAAAACCCUUGGAUAUGCUUCUAUUCGGAUUACCUCUUCCAGUUAGUCAUUAGGUAUAUCUACGUCGUCGAUAAAAGGACUUUAGCCUCGGAAGGCCCCGACGCAGGGACUGUCCUCAUAGUGUGGUACGACGAGUGUGGACGGGCAAUCCGUUCCUACCGUGAGAAAUCUAUGAAGGCAGCGGAAAUUGCGAACCUUGGUCCUUCUUACCUCCAAGAUCGCGCGGUCUGGACCCAGGGAGAGAUUGGUGAAUCCUAUCAGUGGGGUGCACCCUUAGGACCCCCCUACAACGAGAACGACAGAGAAGAGUCCGGGUAG